CCCCUGUCUCACCAGUAUAAUUCGGCAAUCACAGCCCGCAAGUUGCUCAGUUAGAACUUUGAACUGGUUGAAGCAACUUCUGCGAGGAACGAGCCCCCAGAAAUACCAUAUAUAUCACACCAUACCCGCGAAAUGGAAGGAAUGUGCCGCUUGAACUUGGAAAUGAAAGCGAAAUUAGUUGCGGCAGCGGUGUUGGUUAUUUUUAUGUUGGAUUUGGCGCAGAGCAGGCGACUAAACGAGUGCGACUUUGACUUCAAGGAGCAGCCGGAGGAUUUCUUUGGCAUAAUGGAUGCCCUGCCACAGGUGAGUGGUGGCAUCACGUGGUCGCCAAAGGAGCUCAGGGAUGACAGCCCCAGCCCUCAACUGGAGACAGCCAGACAAUUAUCGGGAAAGCGACGGAAAUCGCGAGGCAGAGCCAGGCCGGGAUUACCCCCGCCACUUCUCUGGACAGACGACGUUGCGGAUGUGCUUCAGCCCAGUCAGAAUCUAUUUUCUAAGCCAAAACGGCAGCGAAGAGCUGUCACUGUGCGCAGGGAGCGAACCUGGGACUAUGGAGUGAUUCCCUACGAGAUCGACGGCAUCUUCAGUGGUGCCCACAAGGCGCUCUUCAAGCAGGCUAUGCGCCACUGGGAAAACUUCACCUGCAUCAAGUUUGUGGAACGCGAUGCCAGUUUGCAUGACAACUACAUAUACUUUACGGUUAAAAAUUGCGGUUGCUGUUCAUUCCUGGGCAAAAACGGCAAUGGUCGACAGCCCAUCUCCAUAGGACGGAAUUGCGAAAAGUUUGGCAUUAUAAUCCACGAACUGGGCCACACCAUAGGCUUCCACCAUGAGCACGCUCGCGGGGAUCGGGACAAGCACAUCAUCAUCAACAAGGCCAAUAUUAUGAGGGGUCAGGAGUACAACUUCGAUGUUUUGUCACCGGAGGAGGUGGACUUGCCUCUGCUGCCAUACGAUCUGAACUCCAUUAUGCACUAUGCCAAGAACUCGUUUUCGAAGAGUUCCUAUCUGGAUACCAUUACUCCAAUAGGAAUUUCACCUGCGACUCCUUUGGAGUUGGGUCAACGAAGGCGCCUCAGUCGCGGGGACAUUGUCCAGGCCAAUCUUCUCUACAAAUGCGCCUCCUGUGGACGCACCUAUCAGCAGAACUCCGGAAGUAUUGUAAGUCCACACUUUGUUUACUCCGGCAAUGGAGUGCUCAGCGAGUUUGAGGGCAGCGGAGAUGCUGGCGAAGCUGGAGAGGAUUCCCAUCCGGCCACCGAGUUCGAUGCCUCCUUGAUCAACUGCGAGUGGCGGAUUACGGCCACCAAUGGAGAGAAGGUCAUUCUGCAUCUGCAGCAGCUGCAGCUAAUGAGCUCCGAGGAUUGUACGCAGGAUUACCUGGAAAUCCGGGAUGGCUACUGGCACAAAUCGCCGCUGGUGAGACGCCUCUGCGGAAAUGACAGCGGGUUGGUCAUCACCACCCAGACGAGCCGCAUGCUCCUCAACUACGUGAACCGGAAUGCGGACAAAGGUUACCGGGGGUUCAAGGCCAGAUUCGAGGUGGUGUGUGGUGGGAGCAUCCAGCUGACCAAAGAUCAGUCCAUAGACUCACCCAAUUAUCCGCUGGACUACAUGCCCGACAAAGAGUGCGUGUGGCGCGUAACUGCUCCCGAGAAUCACCAGGUGGCCCUGAAAUUCCAGAGUUUUGAGCUGGAGAAGCACGAUGGAUGUGCCUACGAUUACGUGGAGAUACGGGAUGGAAAUCACAGUGAUUCGCGACUAAUAGGACGAUUCUGUGGCGAUAAAUUGCCACCCAAUAUAAAAACGCGCAGCAAUCAGAUGUACAUACGGUUUGUAUCCGAUGCAUCGGUGCAAAAGCUGGGCUUCUCCGCCGCCCUAAUGCUGGAUGUGGAUGAGUGCAAGUUCACGGACCACGGAUGUCAGCACUUGUGCAUCAACACAUUGGGAAGCUAUCAGUGCGGCUGUCGUGCGGGAUAUGAACUGCAGGCCAACGGAAAGACCUGCGAGGAUGCCUGUGGCGGAGUCGUGGAUGCCACAAGGUCCAAUGGCUCACUGUACUCACCCUCGUAUCCGGAUAUGUAUCCCAAUUCCAAGCAGUGCGUUUGGGAAGUGGUUGCCCCACCGAACCACGCUGUAUUCCUGAAUUUCACCCACUUUGAUUUGGAGGGCACGCGAUUCCAUUACACCAAGUGCAACUACGACUAUCUGAUAAUCUACUCCAAACUUAGGGACAAUCGAUUGAAGAAAAUUGGUAUUUAUUGUGGGCAUGAGUUGCCUCCGGUGGUGAACUCCGAGCAGAGUGUCUUGAGGCUGGAGUUCUACUCAGAUCGCACUAUACAGCGGAGUGGUUUCGUGGCCAAAUUUGUGAUAGAUGUGGAUGAGUGCUCGAUAAAUAAUGGUGGCUGUCAGCACAGAUGCCGGAAUACCUAUGGAUCCUAUCAGUGCAGCUGCCGGAAUGGAUACACUUUGGCUGAAAAUAAGCACAACUGCACGGAGACCCGUUGCAAGUUCGAGAUCACCACGUCGUAUGGAGUGCUCCAGAGUCCGAAUUAUCCCGAGGAUUAUCCGCGCAACAUCUAUUGCUACUGGCACUUUCAGACCGUUUUGGGUCACCGGAUUCAGUUAACAUUCCAUGACUUUGCGGUGGAGAGCCACCAGGAGUGCAUCUACGAUUACGUGGCUAUCUACGAUGGUCGCUCCGAGAACAGUUCCACUUUGGGCAUAUACUGCGGUGGACGGGAACCCUACGCCGUAAUUGCCUCCACCAAUGAGAUGUUCAUGGUUUUGGCCACGGAUGCGGGUUUGCAGAGGAAGGGUUUCAAGGCCACCUUUGUUUCGGAGUGCGGUGGCUAUCUGAGGGCCACCAAUCACUCCCAGACUUUCUACUCGCAUCCGCGAUAUGGCAGCAGGCCGUACAAGCGGAACAUGUACUGCGACUGGCGCAUUCAGGCGGAUCCAGAGAGCAGUGUCAAGAUCCGGUUCCUGCACUUCGAAAUCGAGUACUCGGAGCGGUGCGACUACGACUACCUAGAGGUCACCGAGGAGGGCUACUCGAUGAACACCAUCCACGGAAGAUUCUGCGGCAAGCACAAGCCGCCCAUCAUCGUCUCCAAUUCGGACACCCUGCUCUUAAGAUUCCAGACGGACGAGAGCAACUCGCUGCGGGGCUUUGCCAUCGCCUUCAUGGCCGUGGAUCCGCCCGAGGACUCCGCCGGCGAGGACUUCGAUGCGGUCACCCCCUUUCCGGGCUACCUUAAGAGCAUGUACUCGUCGGAGUCGGGCAGCGACUUCCACCUUUUGCCGCCCAGCAGGCUGGUCUAGUAUCUAGACUUAAGACUCUAGAUUCUAGUAAGAAAGAUGUUUAAUGUUUGUUGUUGAAAUUUGUAAAUAAAUUGUGAAUAAAACUAAUUUCGAAUUAUC